AUGGGAAAGGACCCACAGGAAUAUCUCAUGACCUUUGAGGCCAGGAUAAACUUAGAAGGUGCUGCCGAUGCAGUUCGGUGUAGGGCCUUCCUGGUAACCGUAGCUGGCCUCGCAAUCAAGUGGUUCAACACUCUUCCCAAUGGCUCGAUAGCCAAUUUUGAUGACGUCUCCAGAAAAUUUAUGGCACAGUUCACUACCAGGAUCACAAAAGCGAAGCACCCGAUCAACCUGCAAGGAGUCACGCAAAAUCAAGACGAACCCAUAAGGAAAUACCUCGACAAGUUCAACGACGAGUGCUUGACAGUCGACAGGCUCACGGACUCCAUAGCCAGCCUCUGCCUGACCAACGAGCUCAUGAAUGAAGAUGUUCGAAAGCAUCUCACAACCAAACCAGUCUGGACUAUGCAUGAAACUCAGUAUGUUACAAGGGAAUACAUAAAUGACAAAGAGGUAAGUCAAGUCGUGACAGCCAAUAAACGGCAGCACGACAAUAUGGCACCUCGAAGAAAUCCACCGCCCAAAGACAAGUCGAAGGAGCACUACAAAUCCACCACCUCCAACCAACCACCCAGGGUGGGGAAGUUCACGAACUACACCCUCCUAUCGACCCCAAUCACGGAGAUCUAUCACCAGAUAUCGGAACGAGCAUCCUCCCGACGGCUGGACAACUAA